AUGUCGGUAAUUACGCAUUCUGCAAACGCAGUAUCCAAACCACCUUCACUGCCUUCAACGCUUGCUCCAGUUCAAGCUUUUCAAGAAAAAACGGAUUCCUCUUCUAGUGUGCUCUCAUUUUGUUUGUUCCUUUCAUAUCUGGGCUCUGUCGCUGGAAUAUCGGGUUAUACGUUGUUAAAGUAUUAUGUUCGUCCUAGAUGGCUCGAAUUGCUCGCAUUACGACAUGCCUAUGUGAAACACAACUUAAUAAAGUUAGAACAUAUUUCCGCAAAAGCAAUAGAUAUUGAAAAGGAAACAGCUAAUCUACAAGCAAACCACGACUUAUGGAUUAGAGCAAAAGUAGCUAAAAGUCGGAUAUCUACACUAAAAACUAUUGCACAAAACAAAGCACAACAAAUACCAGCAGAAGCAUCUCUAAACCUAAGUAUACAGGGAUUCAAGGACGUUCUGAAUGCUAAAGUUGGCGAAUUUCUUCCCUUAUACAACUCCGACAGCUUGUCAUCCGAUCAAAUAUCACAAUUUCACGAUGAUCUUUGUAACUACAAAAGGCUUCAUCUGUCUAUUUCAUGA